UUUAACACCUGGAAGAAAACAUUUAGAGUGUGUUUAGUGUUUAUUUUCGUCAAAAACACAUACAUUGGAUGUACUGAACUAUUUAUUAAUUGGCUGUUGCAGUAGAAAACUUGACCAUAAAUCACACCGCGGAAGAAUAUCGACAUUCAACUGUCUGCUAGCGAUAGAAGCAUGUUACUGUCAUGUUGAGGUAAUCACAGGUUACUGUAAAAGAUUGUUUUAGGCGUGUUCACAGAAAUCGAAGCUGAAUUCAUAACCGGUAGACAUCAGGUAAGUGUCGAGUAUCUCUCAAGAUGCCGACAACUUUGCCUUUGUCGAAAUUGGUGGACCUGGCCCUCGGGACACCUGAGGUGGGGGCUGUCAAUUUCAAUGUUUUACACACUUUACUCCAUGCGAUGAUCUCUAAACUAAAUAUAACAGAUGUCAAAGCCGACAUAAAUGAAAGUGAUCGUGAUUUCCUUUCAUCGAACAAACCCCAAAGAGUGAUGACAGCCCUGAGUGAUAUUGACAGUGGCAAAGGGGAAGAUUCGGAAGAUGCAUUAAGUGAAAUUAGAGAUUUGAGUGAUCCAGACACCCCUGCCUCCUCUGCCAAACACAAGUUGAAAAGAUCAGUCCCGUACCAUCAUCUUGAACUACGGGUAGAAAAACUUGCUGAACAGUUAGAAAAUUUAAAUGCUUUGCCUACAAACUCGGAUCUGUUUGAGAGAGCCAAAGCCAAGGGUGAUGGAGAAAGACCUAUAGCUGAUAUGUGGCAGUACAUGCAACUGAAGAAACGAGUGGAUGCCAAUGAGGAAGGAGUUGGAAAGUUGAUGUCCCUAGUGGAGGACCUGAUGAAAGAGAUGCAGACGUUGCGAGACACAAACUCCAAUCUGCUGGACCGGAUCAACAGUUUGAAUAUUGAUGAACUAAACAAGAAAUUAGCGGAUUUGGAAAAGGUUACGAAUGAUUUGAAUGACAAGUUCAGCACACUGCCGACCGCUGAUGACUAUGCCCAGUUUGUGACCUGGCCCCUAGAGGAUGCCUUGAAGGGGGUGAGGAAGGACUUCGAGGAACUUCAGGUACCUCCCCAAGAGAGAGUUGUCAUUGAGAUGGGCAGCCAGACAGAACAAAGAGCGCCAUCACGCCCUACCUCAUCACACCGCACACCAUCACGCCCAAUGUCAAGUCUGAGCACAUGCAGUUCAGGUCCCUCAAAUGACCUGCUCGAAGUCCUUGAGAAAAUUGGGAAGUUGUCAUCUUCCCACGAUGCCCUCACUAAACGUGUAGAGGAGCUGGAGGAACAGAUGAAGAAUAAACUGGACAAAGAUGCUCUUGAAGGACUGAACAUCUCAGGGGACCUGAUGGAGCAACUGAACAAGUUGAAAGAGGAGCUUGAUGCCCUGCAGUCCAUGAGAGAUAAGUUUUCCACGACUUUACCAACCACUGGGUCUGUUGUGAAUAAAGGUAUGUCUAAGGAUAGAACAGGGCAGAUUCACACCUACCAGCCUCCUAGUGAUGGAGAGUCAUCAGACACUGGUACAGCCUCUGGAUCUGAAGCAGCUUCUUUAUCACAUAACCAGUCCAGUCAAGAACUUCUGGCCAUCUUACGAUCACGUGUGUCAGACUCUGAAGCCUUUGAGGAACUGAUUUCUCGUCUUGGAAACCUGGAGGACAAUUUUAAGAACCUGCAGCAGGCUAUACUGAACCCAAUUGAGGACAGCGGUUUCUCCAGUGAACCUGUGUCUGACCUACGGUCAUUCCUGUCUGACAUGGAGGAGAAGAUAUCUGUGUUGUCACGUGAACCCAGUAAUGUUACCCACGUCACUGACCCUGCGAGUGAAGGUGAGAGCAAAGGACAGGAAAAGGGCCACUUGAAGACAGGGCAUGAUAUUAGAGAUAUACCAGAGGAAGGAACAGUUGACAGACAGUUCAGUUCAUUAUAUGAUUCAACAGACGAUGAAUCUGGCACUGAUCAUCUGAACAUGGCGUCUGUUGAGUUGCGUAGCACAAACGAAAAACUGAAACAGCUCAGAUGUGCCUUGGAUGAACAAAUUGGGGAGGUGAUGAAUAAAGUACGUGCUCUGGAUCACGAUCUGAAACGGAUGGCAAAAGGUGUGGAGUUUGCCCUCAUGAAAUCGCGGGUAUCAGGACUGUCUGACAUGAGCUUUUCGACGAUGCGACACAGCAAUGAAGAAAUUAUAAAAAAUGUUGAAUCUGUGCAUCCUGAUGACAACAACCGUGACAGCGCCAACAUCAGCGCCCCAGGACCACCACUACUUGACUCUGAUGCUCUGAACAGAGCUCAGCAGGCGAUUCUGCAGCUGCAGGCUGAACUUGAACGACUCCACAACAUCACGCAGAACAUCGUUGAGGAAAACAAGCACCGUUCCAAACAGAUUGAGAACCUGCUAGGCUACUGUGAUACUCUUCAGGACAAGAAGGCAGACAAGGAAUAUGUUGCUAUGGAGGUCGAUGUGAAAGCUGACAAGCGUCAGCUGGACAACAAGGUGAACCACAGCCUGUUUGACAAUACCACAGGCGAGAUCAACAAGAUCAUCAAGGAGAUCCUGGACAAGUUGGACGGAAAUGAGAAUUCCUGGAAAGAUGCCUAUGCCCAGUUGGCUAAUGAUGUGGAGGGCAAGCUUGACCGACUGGAGAUUGACCCACUCAAGGACUGGCUGGAGUCACGCCUCAAGGCUCUCAACAAGAAGAUCAUGGCCAACGCUGGCAACGAGUGGUCGGAAGACGAUGCUGCUGGACUUAGGAAGCAACUGCUGCAGAGAUUCAACUGCCUGUCAUGUGACCGCCCUGUAGAUCUUAUGCCAACCGGUGCUGUCCCAUCACUGCCAAGUCAGAAUGGUCUCCCGGGCACUAGGUCACCCCGACCCUACACCACCUUCGAGCUGGAUCAGAUUCGUCAGAAUGCCAAGAGUGGGUAUCUUGGCACCAAUAUGGUGAAUUUUGAGCGUGCUCUUGCUGACAAAAAGCUGGCCAAGAUGAGGCGUGCCGACUUGAAGGCGUUCCUUGUUCAUUUUGGCCAGGACAUAGAAGCACUGGCUCGCUGUCAGAAGAGAGAACGCGCCAUCUUCAACCAGCAGGACAUCACCGACUACUAUGCCACAACACGACAGUGUGGGGGGAACCACACCUUAACCUAUCCCCACAAGAAGGUGUCUCGUAUGACGCAGAUGAAUAAUCUCUUCAAGGAGGAAACAGAAGUGGCACCUGUACCAGUGUACCCCAUCUACAAGGAGGAGGUGGAUGUACAGGGAGUAGAUGGUCACAUAUACCGUGGCCGAAUAGAGAGGAUGCAGAUUGAGGCGAAGAUGCCGUCCAAGAUGUCGCCACAGUCAAUCAAUCAGGUAGGCGCGAUAUCACCAGCAACCCCAAGAACACAACGUAAGAUGCCGGGGAUGGACAAUGACCCCAUGAGAGGGUCCCCAACCCCUCCUGUUGGCACACGAGGCCGACCAAUGUCAGCCCGAGGGUCAGUAUCUCCCCGACCUGCCUCAGGUCGAAUUUCAUCAAGGCCACAGUCUACCCGCCCAAUGUCAGCUAGACAGUCAGGUCUGGAGUCCUCCAGGACUACACCCUACCAAGAGGAACCUAUGCCACAACAAGAUGGCGUCCCAGUAGAUCAAGGGCAGAUAACUGUGGAGUCUGAAGCUAUCAGGGUUGAUGUUCCCACACCUGAUAUAACGGAAGAACAGACAGAGGGUUAAAUAUGCGGGAUGUACCUUGUGCUGUUAGUGAGUAGAUAGGAAAUAUAAUAUGUAAAUUAUAGAAUCAUCACCUGGUUUGCUAUUAAUUUGUUAUCAUUUCGCAUGAUGCAUUUGAUCAAUGGUAGCUUCUUCUGAUAGACUAAGACUAAGAGCCUAUUGCAAUAUUUUUGUUUUUAUGUGGAAAAAUAUUUCGAUUUUUGGACUUUUGAUAUCGUAAAAGGAAAAUAUCUUAUCUUAUUUGAUCAUGAAGUUUUUUAAUGGUUUUCAUGAAGGAUGAAGUAUCUUUAAGAGAUUGAAUUGGCUCUAAUUUUGAGUAAGUUUGAUGAGAUUAUUGGGAAUAGUUUUUUUAAAGAUGUUUGUUUAAGAUAUUAGUCUUUUUGGUUUUUGAUGGCUCCUUGAAUUCUUGGUCGGUGUAUAUACCAGUUGUAGAAUAUCUACUGCAAUAAAGGACAUACUCGUAAUCGAGGCAGACUCACAUGAAAUGUACAUGUAUGAACAUGCAAUAUACAAACUGAGUGUCAAUUAGUUGUAGUGAAGUGUGAUCAUGAAAUUGAUACAACUGCGUGUGCUUUCAAACAGUAUUCAACUCUUAUGCAAUGAAAUGUAUCAUAAUCAUUAGUAUUUAUCUGUUUCAUGUUUUGUUCUGUCAUCUUAUUCUAUUGUUGCUAUGAUAUGUGCAAUCUGUUUAUAUUCAGCUAUGACAUAGUGUUUCUUGAGUUUAAUCUUCCAAGCAGUAUUAUACUUGUUUUCAUUGCUAUUUGUUUCUUUCUGUUUCUGUUUCGUCUUCUUGAAUAAAUCUGGUUUUGAAUUUUUUAAAACCCAGAGAGUUCGUGUUGGGUGACCUGUGCCAAAAGAAAAGACAUGUACAAAUGUUUCUGUGAUAAUCUUUUGGUCAGAGAUCGUUUUGUUACGCCAGUCUCUAUUUUAUACAUUAUUUGUUGAGCUUUUGUUCUUAAUCUUAUAACCAGAUAUUUUAAGUCACUUAAAUUUGAUCAGAUGAAGUCAUUUGUUGAUUAUUGUCAUUCCACAACAUGCAGAUGAUAUUUAUUCUGGUCUGUUAAAAAUGGAGAAGAUUAAUAUUUGCAGCUAAAGGUCAAAGUGACCCUGAUAGGCCAUCAUGGUGUGAGCUUGUCCUCUCCUGUGACGAAGAUCAAGAGCAAUUAUGCUAGAAUCGUCAAUGAAUCUGUUUUCUCUUUUGUGUUUUCUUGUCACAUUAGAGUUUGUUUGUUUGUGUGUAUCAUUUUUGUUUUGUACAUAGACAAAAAGACGUGUGAUAGGGACUGGCCACUAUGCAACCAGAGACUGUGAUACUAAUGUGUAUCUUGUUUAUCUGCUUCAUGCAUGAUGUGUUUUGUAUGUGCUUGAACUUGAUAGAACUGUCGAAAUAUUUACUAAUGACUUCAAUUUCAGAACGGAUAUGGCGGGGUAUGGAGGAGGGAGAGGAGAAAAGCGGUCAGCCAGUGUUUGAAAUUAAUCAAAUAAUUAAUUAUUUCAAAUAAUUACAAAUAUAUUGACUGACCUUUUGCUAAUUUUGUCAAGAAGAAAAAUAAGAAUUAGUAUUUUUAAAGGACAUUAACCCCAAAUGAACCAACACGAAGAAUAUGUAAACAAGAGUUGCAUUGAAGUCUGAGAUUCUGGUCCAUACUGAGUUUGAGUAAACUGCUUUUGCAAAUAUUCUUGUCAUUUGUUCACCUUGCCCACAGUGGGAAGCACUGCCUCCAUGUUUAUGGAAGAGGCUCUAGCCUGGUGUAUUGCACUCGCUGUCAUAGUGACAUAUAUACAUGCAUAUUUUUAGAUGAACUCUGAACUGCAUUUCUGUUAUUUCAAUUAGCAUCAGAUGAUCAUCAAAGAUGAGGGUGAAAAGACCAAUGUCCUGUGGUUCCAAUGUCGUGACCCUUUUUGCUUGACACUCUACAUUUUAUGGCCAUUUUUGUGGAAUCUAUAACCAUGAAAUCAAAAUCCGUUAGAUCCAGGAACUCUAUGUUGUGUUUUUGUUUCUUUUGACAGUUUCUCCUGGAAGUUUGAAAACAAGGGUGGGUAACUCUCAGCUCAUUUUUCGCUUCUUGUCAACACAGAC